UCAGGCAUAAGGAGUUGUUUGAGCAAAUAAAAUUGCUGGUACUCUGCAUAACAGAUUAAACCUCUAAAGUUAAAAUAAAUUGGGUAAUCAUAUAAAGACAUGGUGGUUUCAUACUAUGGGCAAAUAAGCUACCAAACUUCAAAUUCUUAUAACUAAUAAUUAGAACAACUAAUAAAAAACAUUCAGGCCAUAUUGUAGACAAGAUAACAACUUUGCAACAAUAAACAGCAUUGUUCUAAACACAUAUUUGUUGUGACACAGAUUACGAUUCCCUUCCCUUUUUUCCCCACCGCUUCUCACUUUUACUAACCCCCUUGCACAGCUAGGCGGUUCAGGCACAGUGGUGUAGUUGUGAGUCCUUGUGAGCUCCUUGUAGUGAAUUGAAAAAGCUCCCCCAACGACGAAGUCCCCGUUCAUUGUGAACGCAGGCAGACGAUUUGAACCCUGCAGGCUACAUUUUAUGGGUGAAGCCAGGCUUCUGACCCGGUCUGAUCCACCCUCAGACUGACCCAGAGCCAGUCUGAGGCUCACAAGCAACAAUGCGAUCUCCAUCCGUGUCUAAGUGUGGGUGUGAGUUUGUUGAGACUGUUCUUAUAUCUCCCUUAUGAAACAUCGUCAUACUUCAGAGAGAAGACGCAAUCACCCAGUGGCCUUUGACUUCUCUUAACGUUUUAGAUCUGACUGGGGCCUGGCCAACAACUUCUUUACACAUUUGUUCUUUAAUUUGAUACAGUAAUACCAUGCUCACAUUAUUUUGUUAAAAAUCAUUCACAUUAGAUUACAUAAUAUUGAUUAUUUUCAAACUGUGAGUUCAAACAUGACAAACAGCAAAGUCGAAAUAAAAAGUUACAGGUGAGUUCCCAAUGUGAAUAUGACCAAAGAACACAGACUACAUUACAACUAUGGUUAAAGAAUCUAUUGAGAAAGUCUUUAAUCAACAGACCAUUGUAUGCUGACUUUAUUUAUUUAUUUAUUUAUUUAUUUAUGGCUAUUAUAUUUAUGGCUAGUCUAAAUAUGUAAUGCAAUAAGUUUCUACCUGGUUGAAAGUACUCAAUGUGUCGUUAAAGUCAGUCAAUCAUGUAGACAUCUGUUCAAAGUUUAACUCCAAUGCUGCCAUCUAGUGGACAUUAGUAAUAUUUUAAAAAUCUAGAGAAACGUAAAGCCACCUUUCAGGAAGAAAUACCCAUUAAAAUUUCACAUUUUCUCGCUUAAAAUGAAUAAACAAAACAGUACAAACAAUUCAGAAAAUUUGUAAUUCAGAUAAAUUUACCAAUUUAUCUAUUUACUUGAUAUUAAUAUCCAAAUAUAUCAGUCUCAGGUCUUGUUUACCCAUGUCUGCCUGAUAAGGCCUGGGUAUUAAAAUAACAACAGAUGGAAGUUUAAGUCCACCAUUGUUCUUCAAGCAGCAAGAAACUAUACAUGGAAAACACACAAACAACUACACUUCAAUAUUCAAAAUUUAUUGACAAAAUGAAAUCAACCUCACAGUUAAAUUUAAUCUGCAUAAAUGAAAAGAAAGUAUAUUUCAUUAAAUAAUUCUACUAUUAUUUACGGCAGUGAUCUAAUUUAGUAUUUUGGGAUUCCAAGACUAAAACUGCUUAAAUUGGACAUAAGGAAGCAUUUUGCUAUUCUAAACAGUCUCUUUUAAGUCUGCAUGUGGAGCUGGAGUACACAGAAUUAGUUUGGACACCUUAGAUUAAUGGCUGUUGGUUAAAACAUUCCUGACAUACGCACAGUAUCAUCGCUUGGAUUUAUAGAAGAUGCCUUUUGUAACAAAUGUAGUUGAACACCAAGAAUGGUUACUAACUAAGAGAGUAGGUAAACAUUUUUUAUUCUUUACCCACUCCCUUAGUAGUAGGGAGUAGGUAAACGCCUUACCACUAGUAGGUAAAUGUUUACCUACUAAUAAAAAUGUAGGUAAACAUUUUUUAUUAGUUUGAUCAUCUAUAAUUGAAAAUGUAAGAUACUUUAUUUAAUCAAACAUAAACUGGACUAUGGCCAAUUAGAGAGAAGGGCGUAAAGCACCACAUACAUUUUGUCAAUCCAGGACAACAGACAUAAGAAAACAACAAAAAAAAGGAAAUUUUCAAUAAUAUUGUCAUUUAUUGAAUGUGGCAGUAUGUUUCACGUUAUGUGGAGCUGAGUUUUCUUCUUAUCAUUAUUCAUACCAACAUUAAUCUGUAUAUUGAGUUUUUAGGAACUAAAGAUAAGCACUUGCUCAACAAAAGUCAAUUACUUAAAUCUUAAUGUAUUGUAAGAUUCAAUGAGAUCUCUUCUGGCCCUCCUCCUGUUAUGAUGAAAGCCAUCAAGGGAGAGGACGAUCCACAUAAAAUGUCUGUUCAAGGAAGUAAGAAGCACUGCUCUAAGGAGAAUAUGUAAUCAUGGAGGCGCUUCUGAAGUCAUUAAUGCCCUUGUUUGUCAUAUUGAUGUUGUUCUUUGACAUUGAUUAUUCACAAUCUUCAUCCGUUUUACCGUCUUGCACAUUGAGAAGACGGUUUCAUCUUAAUGGCAUGCACAAAUCCGGUGAUGUGAUUCUGGGCGGACUGUUUGAGGUUCACUACACUUCGGUGUUCCCCGAGCUAACGUUCACCUCAGAGCCAAGUGAGCAAAUCUGCCAAGGCUUUGACCCUCCAGGGUUCCGACAUGCCAUGACCAUGGCAUUUGCCAUUGAGGAAAUUAACAAAAAUCCAACUCUGCUCCCCAAUGUGACUUUGGGAUAUAGCCUUUAUGACAACUGUGCCACAUUGGUAAUUGGAUUCAGUGCGGCAUUGUCACUGGCCAGUGGUCAAGAGGAACAGUUUCUUCCUCAAGAAAAAUGUUCAGGAGGCCCUCCAGUCCUCGGCAUAGUCGGCGAUUCUUUUUCAACGUUUUCCAUCGCCACGUCUGAUGUGAUAGGCUUAUUCAGACUUCCCAUCGUGAGUUACUUUGCCACGUGUUCUUGCCUAAGUGAUCGGAAGAGGUUUCCGUCCUUUUUUAGGACAAUCCCCAGUGAUACGUUUCAGGUGCAUGCAAUGCUUCAGAUUUUAAAACGCUUUGGCUGGAUGUGGGCUGGUCUGCUGGUCAGUGAUGACGACUAUGGGCUCCAUGUUGCCCAGUCCUUCCAGUUGGAGCUGACUCAAUCUGGACUGGGUUGUCUUGCAUACACUGAGAUUUUACCGUGGGGUGAAAACCCCUCUGAGCUACGGAGAAUCGUGGAAGGAAUGAAAAAAUCCACAGCUCGUGUGGUUAUUGUUUUUGCCCAUCAGAUCAAUAUGAUUCAGCUGAUGGAAGAGGUUAUGAAGCAGAACGUGACAGGGCUCCAGUGGAUGGCGAGUGAAGCCUGGGCAUCAGCGGCUGUGCUCCAAACCCCCGGUCUCAUGCCAUACCUGGGUGGCACGCUGGGCAUUGCAAUCCGUCGAGGAGACAUUUUAGGACUUAGAGAUUUCCUCCUGAGCACACAGCCUGGGAAUAGCAGUAACAAUCAGAACACUUUGAUAAGGCAGUUUUGGGAACACACAUUUCAGUGUAGAUUUGCUCCCCCUCCAGCAGACUGGCUAGAAGCUGGGGGAGCGUUAUGUUCUGGUGAAGAAGAUUUGGAGAGUACGCAGACUGAGUUUCUGGAUGUUUCUAACCUCAGGCCUGAAUAUAACAUUUACAAGGCCGUGUAUGCUCUGGCUCAUGCACUCGAUGACAUGCUGCAGUGUCAGUCAGGGAGAGGCCCUUUCCGCGGGCACAGCUGUGCCUCUCUGCAAAAACUGGAGGCUUGGCAGUUAAUGUAUUACUUGGAAAAAGUCAACUUUACCAUUCCCUUUGGGGAUCAAGUGUCAUUUGAUGAGAACGGUGAUGCUCUGCCGAUAUAUGACAUCAUGAACUGGCUGUGGCUCCCUGACGGUGGAGUUCAAGUACUGAAUGUGGGCGUUGUUAAGAAGACAGCUUCUGGUGAUGAAGAACUCAUUCUUAAUGAAGAAAAAAUCUUCUGGAACUUCAACAAUAAUCAGCCUCCUCGGUCGGUGUGCAGUGAGACCUGUAAUCCUGGGACUCGCAUGGCGAGGAAGAAGGGGCAACCUGUGUGCUGUUUUGAUUGUGUUCCUUGUUCUGAAGGAAAGAUUAGCAACAAAACAAAUUCUGUUGAGUGCUUCAGCUGUCCAGAGGAUUUCUGGUCAAGCCCCCACCGUGAUCACUGCAUUCUUAAGACAACAGAGUUCCUCUCCUACCAUGAGCCUCUGGGUGUCUGCUUGACUACAGCUUCGAUGCUGGGAACAUGCGUCUGCGCCUGGGUUUUAGGGAUCUUCAUCUAUCACCGCAGCACUCCCAUGUCUUCCUUUCUUUCCUCGUCCUGUAAGCUACUGAGAACGUUUUACCUCAAUGGUCUGCACAAGCCUGGCGACGUGAUCCUGGGCGGGCUGUUUGAGGUCCACUACAGCUCCGUCUUUCCUGAGCAGACCUUCACCUCAGCACCACAUCAGCCCAGCUGCGAGGGGUUUGACACUCUAGGGUACAGACAUGCUAUGACUAUGGCUUUUGCUGUUGAGGAGAUUAAUAAGAACCCCAGGUUGCUGCCUAAUGUGACUUUGGGAUACAGCCUUUAUGACAACUGUGCCACUCUUAGCAUUGGGUUCAGCGCUGCCUUGGCAAUGGCCAGCGGGCAGGAGGAGCGGUUUUCCAUUGAAGAGAGCUGUUCAGGAACCCCUCCAGUUGUGGGAAUUGUUGGUGAUCCUUUUUCCACGUUUUCUAUAGCUGCCUCAAACGUUUUAGGUUUGUACAGGCUGCCUAUGGUGAGUUAUUUUGCCACGUGUUCUUGCCUAAGCGAUCGCCAGCGUUUUCCAUCUUUCUUCAGAACAAUCCCAAGUGACGCUUUCCAGGUCCGUGCCAUGAUUCAGAUUCUGAAGCACUUUGGCUGGACUUGGGCGGGCCUCCUGGUCAGUGACGAUGACUAUGGCCUUCAUGUUUCCAGAUCGUUCCAAACUGACCUGACUCGGUCGGGUGGCGGCUGCCUGGCGUACACGGAGGUUUUACCGUGGGGAGACAAUCCGAGGGAAUAUAAAAGGAUAGUUGAUGUCAUGACAAAGUCCACGGCACGUGUAGUGAUUGUGUUUGCACAUCAGAUGCACAUGAUCCAACUCAUGGAGCAGGUGGUGAAGCAGAAUGUGACAGGGCUGCAGUGGAUCGCCAGCGAGGCCUGGACGUUACUCGAAGGGCUCCAAAUCUCUGCUUUCACGCCGUUUCUUGGUGGAACUCUGGGCAUCGCCGUCCGUCGCGGAGAAAUACCAGGACUCAGAGACUUCCUGCUGAGAAUUCAUCCUGACCCGCACAACAACAUCUCCGAAAAUAGCCUGGUGAGGCUGUUUUGGGAGCACACGUUUCAGUGCAAGUUUCCGCUGCCUCCAGCAGGUUCGGUAGAAGACGCUGGAGCGCAAUGCACCGGACGAGAAGACCUGAACAGUGUGACUACUGACCUGCUGAAUGUGUCAGAACUCAGGCCUGAGUAUAACAUUUACAAAGCUGUGUAUGCGCUGGCACACGCUCUUAAUGACAUGCUGAGCUGCGUCCCCGGGCGAGGGCCUUUCAGCGGGAACAAAUGUGCGUCUUUGCAAACAUUAGAGCUCUGGCAGCUAAUGCACUACCUGGAACGGGUCAACUUCACCACACCGUUUGGUGACCAAGUCACGUUCGAUGAAAACGGCGACGCGUUACCAAUAUACGAUGUCAUGAACUGGAUUCGGCUGCCCGAUGGAAGAAUUAAAGUUCAGAGUGUCGGGGAGGUUCAGAGGUCUGCGUCCAAAGAGGAAGAACUCACGAUGGAUGAAAUCAAAAUCUUCUGGAACUUUGAAUCUAAAAAACCGCCCAGGUCUGUGUGCAGUGACAGCUGCCCCCCAGGAACGCACAUGGUGAGGAGGAAAGGAGAGCCUCUGUGCUGUUUUUAUUGUGUCCCGUGCUCUGAAGGAAGGGUCAGCAACAAAACUGACUCCUUGGAGUGCUUUAAUUGUCCUGAGGAUUUCUGGUCCAGCCCCCAACGAGAUCACUGCAUUCCUAAGAAAACUGAGUUCCUCUCGUAUCAGGAACCUCUGGGUAUCUGUUUGACAGUGACCUCGUUGCUGGGAAUGUCACUCUGCGCUGUCGUUCUGGGGAUCUUCACCUAUCAUCGCGGCACACCGAUAGUACGAGCCAACAACUCAGAACUCAGUUUCCUGCUCCUGGUGUCACUCAAGUUGUGCUUCCUGUGUUCGCUGCUGUUCAUCGGACGACCCAGACUGUGGACGUGUCAACUGAGACACGCUGUAUUUGGGAUCAGCUUUGUUCUUUGCGUCUCGUGUAUCCUGGUGAGAACCAUGGUGGUUCUGGCUGUGUUCAAAGCCUCCAAGCCAGGAGGGGGAGCCAAUCUUAAGUGGUUUGGUGCUGUGCAGCAAAGAGGAACAGUUUUUGCUCUCACUUGCGUUCAGGUAGCAAUUUGCACUGCAUGGAUUGUCACCGCGUCACCGGCACCUCAUAAAAACACUCAGUACCACAAUGACAAGAUCGUCUACGAGUGUGUCGUUGGGUCCAUAAUUGGUUUCAGCGCUUUACUGGGUUAUAUCAGUGUACUCGCCGUCCUUAGCUUUGUGUUGGCAUUUUUGGCAAGAAAUCUUCCAGACAACUUCAAUGAGGCCAAACUCAUCACUUUCAGCAUGCUGAUCUUCUGCGCUGUGUGGGUGGCCUUUGUUCCUGCUUAUAUCAACUCUCCUGGCAAAUACGCAGACGCAGUGGAGGUGUUCGCCAUCCUGGCCUCCAGUUUUGGCCUUUUGGUGGCGCUGUUUGGACCCAAAUGUUACAUAAUUCUACUAAGACCUGAAAGAAACACAAAGAAAGCCAUCAUGGGUCAUAGAACUGCAAAAUGAUAAAUGGCAGCUUAUGUACAAUUUAUUUUAUCGCUGCAGCCUGUUAACAAAGACAGUGGAAUUAUUCAUCUCUAACUCAUUCACUGAAACUUAAAAACAUUUGUCAAUAACAUUAUUUGGUGUGGUAUGUAAAAAUAUUUACUAUAUGAAUAAAUAUGAAAAAUUGUGAGAGAAAAAUAAACACUGUGGCUUUUUGACCACGAAUUUGAUAUUUUUUCUUUGAAGCCCAUUUUAAGGUACUUAGAGUACAAGCUUAUCAACUUUUAGAUAUUUGCACAAUGUAUCGGCUCUCUUUUGUUUGUUUGCUCAGUACAACUAAUUUGUAUGUGCCUUUGUAUCUAUCAAACAUUUUUUCCACAAAUUGUUUGGUUAAUUCCUGAAUAUUGUGAGCUAAAUCCUGAUUGGGAUAUUUUUUGUGCUUUUAAUCAAGAAAGAAUUUAAAGUAUUUUUAAUCUGGUACUUAUAAGAUGCCACUUUCUCAGUGUCAGUUCCCAGAAUGUUCAGUGGGUGUUAGUUCACCCAAAUCUCUCAUGUAAAAAAACUGAAAAAAAAAAAAAAAAAA